AUGGCGGUGGAAACGAGAUCCCAAUCCAGCAACUCAGAGACGGAGGAUUCGUUAUCUUCACGAAUCGAUCAGGUUUUACAACGUACGCAAACGAUGGAGGAGGCAAUUGCGAGACAAAACGCUACACUAGCGGAGCAGACUAACACGAUUGCAAGGAACAACGCAGAGAUGUUUGAAGCUCUGAGGUUGAUCGCACGGCCGACUACUGCGCCGAAUUCCUCAAAUCCGGCGACGUCUUCCGAUCCACAUCCACCGACACGAUCGUCUAUGCCGAUCAAUUACGCAGGAGUCACUCGUUUGGCGAAAUUGGAUUUUCCUCGGUUUAAUGGUGAGAAAUUGAAGGAGUGGUUGUUUAAAGCGGAACAGUUUUUUGAGAUCGAUCAUACUCCGGAGGAAGUUAAGGUGGCUAUUGUUUCGAUUCACCUCGAUGAUUUAGCUGCAACUUGGCAUCAAUCUAUGAUCCAAUCCGAUUACAACAAUCAGAAUCUCAAAGAUUGGAGAAUUUAUAAGAAGCUGUUGAAGGAGCGGUUUAAUGAUGUUCUGGAUGAUCCAAUAAUGGAGCUGAAGAUGUUGUGUGAAACAGAUGGUAUUGUGGAUUACCACAACAAGUUUGAGAACAUCAGAACAAGGGUGAAUUUAUCUGAAGAGUAUUUGGUGAGCCAUUACUUGGCUGGAUUAAAGUUGGAGACGCAGAUGCAUGUACGUAUGUUUGAACCUCAGACGGUGCGUCAAUGUUUGAUGCUUGGUAGAUUGUAUGAGAAAGCUCAUCCCGUCAAAGGAAUUGGUACUUCUGGGAACAAUUCUCGUCCCUUUACAGUAACCAAGGGGAAUUUCAACUUCAAGAAGGAGUCAGGAACGCAACAUAGGCUUCCACAUCAGGAGAAGAAAACACUUAAACCUCAGCUGUUUUUGACUCCUGAACAAAUGGCAGAUAAGCGAGCUAAGGGUGAAUGUUACUAUUGCCCGGAGAAAUAUUCACGGGAACAUUUCCUCACUCAUAAGGACACUCAAUUAUUCUGUAUGGUUCCUGAAGAGGAUGGAGAGGAAGUGGAAUGUCUGUCUGACAGAGAGGAUGAUGAACCUUUGGGUGAAAUAGCUCAAAUCUCGCUAAAUGCAAUGACUGGCGUCACUGAUUUUCAAACGAUGCGAGUGAAAGGAGUUCACAAGAAACGAUCGUUGUUUAUGUUGGUUGACUCGGGAUCGACACAUAACUUCUUGGAUGUCUCGAUCGCUAAGAAACUGAGCUGUAAGAUGUUACCAUCAGGGAAUUCGAGAGUGGUAGUAGCAGAUGGGAACAGAUUGAAGGUCGAAGCAGGGGUUGCUCAGUUUCAGUGGGACUUUCAGGGUACGAGUUUCACAGAUGACUUCAUGGUGAUUCCAUUGAAUGGUUGUGAUGUGGUGUUGGGAGUUCAAUGGCUGAAGAAAUUUGGUCCGAUCACUUGGGAUUUUCAGCAUUUGACAAUGAAGUUUUUCUGGUGUAACAAGAAGGUUGUGUUACAUGGUAUUCAUCCUGGUUCUGUGAGGGCUAUCAAAGCGGAAAAGUUGAAUAAACUGCAGGAUGAAAACAUACAACUCUCGAUGCUGUGUUUGACUAGUGAAGAGGAACCCACAGAAACGCAGUUUUUUUCAUUGGAAACAGAGACUUCAAGAGAAAUGAAUCACCCGGAGAUUUCUAAUUUGUUGGAAGAGUUUAAAGACAUAUUUGAAGAAGCAAUGGAUCUUCCACCCUUUCGAGAGAACCACAACCACAAAAUCCAACUUAUUGAAGGAGCAAAUCCGGUGAAUCAAAGACCAUAUCGGUAUGCUGUUCACCAAAAGAAUGAGAUUGAUAAGAUUGUUCAGGAGAUGUUGGAUGGAGGAACAAUUCAGCAGAGCUCUAGCUCUUUUGCAUCACCAGUGGUUUUGGUAAAAAAGAAAGAUGGUUCUUGGAGGUUAUGUGUUGAUUAUAGAAGCUUGAAUGGACUUACGGUGAAGGACCGAUUUCCUAUUCCGUUGAUUGAAGACUUGAUGGAUGAGUUGGGUGGUUCUAGUAUCUACUCGAAGAUAGAUUUGAGAGCAGGUUACCAUCAGGUCCGAAUGGCAUCGGAUGAUAUACACAAGACUGCCUUUAAAACUCAUAGUGGUCAUUUCGAGUACAUGGUGAUGCCAUUUGGGCUAACGAACGCACCUGCAACGUUCCAAGGGUUGAUGAAUGCCACUUUUAAAGAGUUUCUGCGGAAGUUUGUGCUCAUUUUUUUUGAUGACAUCUUGAUCUACAGUAACUCUGUCGUGGAUCAUGUGCAUCAUCUGGGUUGUGUUUUCAAGGUGAUGAGAGAACAGAGGUUGUUUGCUAAGAGAAGCAAAUGUGCGUUUGCCACACGAAGGGUUGAGUACCUAGGCCACUUCAUUGAGGAACGAGGCAUUUCUACGGAUCCGAGCAAAAUACAGGCAGUGGAGCGUUGGCCUGUACCUACAAAUCUGAAGCAGCUGCGAGGAUUCUUGGGCUUGGCAGGCUAUUAUCGCCGUUUUGUCAAAAAAUUUGGAACCAUCGCAAGACCAUUAACCUUGUUGACGAAGAAGGAUUCGUUUGUUUGGUCUACGGAGGCAAAUGAAGCUUUUUGUGCAUUAAAAACAGCCUUAUGCACGGCUCCGGUUUUGGCUUUGCCUAGGUUUGAUAGGCCUUUUGUGGUAGAAACAGAUGCUUCGGGUCAGGGUAUUGGUGUCGUGCUGAUGCAAGAUGGCCAUCCUUUAGCUUACAUCAGCCUCCAUUUGAAGGGAAAACAACUGCACCUCUCCAUUUAUGAAAAAGAGUUGUUGGCUGUGGUUUUUGCAGUUCAGAAAUGGCGACAUUAUUUGCUAAACGGUCAUUUCGUGAUAAAGACGGAUCAGAGAAGCUUGAAGUAUUUGUUAGAACAGCGUCUCAACACACCUAUUCAACAACAAUGGCUUCCUAAGCUGCUGGAAUUUGACUAUGAGAUUCAAUACAAGGAAGGAAAAGAGAAUCUUGUGGCUGAUGCUUUAUCACGUGUCGAGGGGUCUGAGGUCUUACAUAUGGCUUUGUCAGUUUUGGAGUGUGACUUACUCAAACAAAUUCAAGCCGGUUAUUUGACAGAUACUUGGAUUCAGUCGGUUAUCUCUGAUUUGCAGACAAAACCUGGAGAGAAAACGCAGUUUACUUGGAACAGAGACAUUUUACGGAGGAAGAGUAAAAUUGUGGUUCCCGCUAUUGAUUCGGUUCGAAAUGCGAUACUUGAGUGGUUGCAUUGUUCUGGUAUUGGCGGCCACUCGGGACGUGACGCUACUCAUCAGCGUGUUAAGGGGAUAUUCUAUUGGAAGGCUGCUUCUCCGGGCUUGAUCCAACCCUUGCCAAUCCCCACGGCGACUUGGUCUGAUAUUUCAAUGGAUUUCAUUGAUGGUCUUCCUCUAUCUUCAGGGAAAUCUGUGAUUUUUGUGGUUGUUGACAGAUUGACGAAAGCAGCUCACUUUAUGGCUUUAGCUCAUCCGUAUACGGCGAUAUCUGUUGCUCAGCUCUUCUUGGCUAACGUUUUCAAGUUACAUGGACUUCCUACCUCCAUUGUGAGUGACAUAGAUGCAGUCUUUUUGAGCGAUUUUUGGAGAGAGUUAUUCACCUUGCAGGGUGUGGCGUUGAAUUACUCGAGUGCUUAUCACCCUCAGAGUGAUGGUCAAACAGAAGUGGUGAAUCGAUGUCUCAAGACGUAUUUGAGGUGUAUGUGCAGUGAUAGACCUCACUUGUGGAGUAAGUGGUUACCUCUCGCUGAAUUCUGGUACAACACCAGUUACCAUAGCUCGGCCCAGAUGUCUCCCUAUGAAGCUGUGUAUGGUCAGUCUCCACCACAACACUUACCAUACAUUCCGGGUGAGAGUAAAGUGGCGGUUGUGGCUCAGAACUUACAAGAGCGUGAGAAUAUGUUGCUUAUCCUCAAGUUUCAUUUGUUGCGAGCACAACAUCGAAUGGAGCAACAGGCGAAUAAGAGACGUUCCGAGAGAAGUUUUGUCAUUGGAGAUUUGGUGUACGUGAAACUUCAGCCUUACCGGCAAGGCUCCGUGGUUAUGAGGAUGAAUCAAAAGCUAGCGCCGAAGUAUUAUGGCCCAUAUAAGAUUCUUGAUAAAUGUGGCAAGGUCGCUUAUAAGUUGGAGUUGCCACACUCGAGUCGAAUUCAUCCCGUCUUCCAUGUUUCUCUGCUCAAAUUACGCGUUGGGGAUGUUGUCAUCAGUACACAGCUUCCCAACGCCAUUUCCGACGUGCUGACUAAAGAACCUGAGAGAAUCCUGGAACGCCGAACAGUCAAGCGCCAUAACAGAGCUGUAACAGAGGUUUUGGUGAAAUGGACGAACGAGGAUGAAAGUGAAGCUACUUGGGAGUAUUUGUUGGACUUAACACAGAAGUAUCCCUCUUUCCAACCAUGA